CAUCCUCUUCCUCUCCUCCUCUCCUCUCCUCUCUCUCCUCUCCUCCCCUCCUCUCCUCUCUCCUCUCCUCUUCCUGUCAUGUCUGUAUCCACAAGGAACCCUCUCCAGCGUCGGCGCUCUCUGGGUCCCGUCUCGCCCAAACGCAUAUAUAGGAACCUGUCGGUCAGACUGAGGGGGGGGGAGUCAUCUGCUGCCGGGGAAACUGACGCACCCAAACACCUCAGCAAGUCUGCAGAUGCUUACAUGUCCCUGUGGGAAGCGGUGGAAAAUGAAGACACUCUGGCCGUGCAGAGCCUGCUGUCCAGAGACCACACCGGCUGUGGGGGAGGAGGAAGGAGCAUAUGGGAGAGAGGAGAGAGGAAGAGCAAAGACUGGGAGAGAGAGAGGGAGAAGGGGGUGAACAGGGUGAGCGAUCAGGGCCUGGUCCCCCUGGACGUGGCCGCUCUUACCCACAAUUACCCUCUGCUACACGUGUUGACGAAGGCAGGAGCCCGACACAACCCCGUCUUGUGCCGACCCGUUGAGUGGGAGCUGAAGCUGGACGCUCUGGUGACUCUGGCGAGUAAACGGGUGGAGGAGAAGAAGAAGGAUUUGUUGAGGAUGGUGGGGGCGGGGCCUCAGAUGCAGGCCGACGUCCACAGACACAUCCGCCUCUGGAGCCUGAGGCUGCAACUGUACUGCCGCAUGAAAGAGAACUUCCAAAACACAGAGCUUCCAGGACCGCCCAGUCACGUGUCCAUAGUGGUGACCAGCUCGUCAUCUCUGUUUCUGGUCAUCAAGGAGCCUGAAGGCAACACCAUGGGGCUCAUCACCCGCUACAGAGUGGAAUGGAGCAGCUCAGCCAGCUUCAAGCGUAUCCUCGGCUCUGCACAAGUGACCGAGACCAAGAACCCGUCCCACAGCGUGAAGGGUCUCACAGCGGGAGUUCAUUACUUUGUGAGAGUGAGUGCCUUCAAUGUGAAAGGAUGGGGCCCGCCUCAGUGCUCCACGCCACUCAGUGCUGCCCCCUCCAGUUGGAGAGAGUGCGUCGGGGUGAAGUCACAGCUCAGGAAUCACGAAGGCCUCGUGAGAAAACUGCUCGAGGACACCAGAGAACAGAACUACCGAGGAUUCUGCAUCGAGACGUCGAAGCCCCAGAGUCCCAGUAAGCGUCUGUCUGUGUCGCGAGGCAUCAAACAGCUGUUCCAGUCCGCCACCAAGUUUGUUCGUCUCCUGCAGAGGGGCGUGUACUUGGCGACAGUUUUCUACCACAAAGAAAACAUCCUGUUGACAGCUGAAGAUCAGAUUCCUCUGGUGGACAUCCAGUGCUGCUCCACCUCCAUCACGCAGGACUUUGCCUGGUUUGCAAAGUUGUCCUGUGCAUGGCAGCAGGUUCCCUGGCUGCAGCAGGCUCUGUCCUCGGCUCAUUCCUCACCCUCCUCCCUCCUUCAGAACAGGCACAACAUUUUACGAGCCGUCUCACAGCUGCAGUCUUCUCUGGGAACGAUGGACCUGGGCCAGGUCUACUACGAACCCCUGAAAGACCGGCAGGGAAACAUCUUACUGGUGACUCUGAGGGAGUUCCCCCACCCUCCCAGCCCCCCUGACCCCCCGCUGCACUGGUUACCUCUGGCCCGUCUGGAAAAGAACCGCAGCAGAACUCCCCUGCUGCCCGAGCCCACCGCCAUGGACCAGCUGUACGAGCAGCUGAAGGAGAAACUGUCCCUCCACCGUCACAGCACUCAGUGGGCUCAGCCCGGCCUGUACGUGGGCAUCCUCAAACUGUGCAGCUCAGUGGAGCAGAUCCGAGUCCUGGUGCCGCGGAGGUUACCCAACCUGCUGUGCCACACACGAGUCCGACACAACGCCCACGUGUCCAGAGAGGAGUGGGAGUGGCUUCAGAGUCAUGUUUACACAACAACCAAUGACAGCGCUCAGAACCUGCAGAGCGGCGAGGACGAGGGCUCCAAGGAGAGUGGCGUGUUGGCCGAGUUUAUCAUGUCUCUGAGAGCUGCCGUCGCACAUCUGCUGACCAAGCUCAACAUCCCCCUCUACAGGGCCUAUCAGUAUGGAGUGUAUACUCGGGAGCUGCUUCAGUUUGGAGACAAAGUGUCCAUGCUGCUGCUGCUUCCUCCCAGUGAGGACUUCAGCUCCAGUUACUGGCCUCUGCUGGGGACCAAAGAGACCGGGCUCACCAUGCCUCUGCAGAUCUUUGAGCUGGUUCACUUCUGGACGUACGAGCGGGACUUUGUCACUCAGUACUGUCAGGCGUGGGUCCGGCUGGAGCUCGACACACACCUCGCCCAGCAGGCUCUAAGGGAGGCGCUGGACACCAAGGAGGUGCAGGAGGCCCGAGAGCGCCUCAACCACGUUACAGAGUUCACCCAGCGUUUGGACGCUCUGUGGAGGGACGCCCGCUGGAUUAUGGACUGUCUGCAGUGCGUGCGGUCCAGGCAGUGGGUGGGGGCGGUGCCUCUGGGCCUGGUGAUGGGAGGAGACCCGCCUGCUCGACCUGAUGGCGAGGAGGAGGAGGACAGUUUGACUGCCAGACUGACGUGGCCUCAUCGGACUCCGGCACAGAGAGCUGUUUCAGAGUGUUCAGUCAGCAGUACUCCCCCUAAUGUCGUCACCACUGAGGUCUCCGCCCCCACAGGAAUCACGGGGGUCCCUGAAGAGUCGGCGCUGGUGCUGGAGGGCGUUGCAAAGGGGGGGUAUCCUGUAGACAUCGCCGCUCAGUCCACCGUCGACCUGACGAGCAUCGGGCAGUCCGAGUUAGGCUGCGCAAGUGCGUUGAUCGAGUCCGGCCUCGAGCCUGCUGCUGUCGCUCAGUUAGACGUGGGCUACACGGUUUUGGAGACUCAGGUGUCGUUCAGCGAGGACGACGUCUUUCCUCCCAGCAUCACGGAGGUGAUCCGACCGAUGGAGAUGGCCGAGCUGGUCGACAUUCUGCCCACGUUGAGUCUCAUUGAAGAGGAGACCCUGAGCGGGCCGACCACGCCCUCAGUGAUGGACAUGUUAGAGAGCUUUGGACUGGGCAUCGGAGAGAACAACGCCUUCUUCAACCUCGGCGAGUCAAACGAGAUGAAUGGCGCCAAGGAUCCGGACUGUAACGGCAGCAGCACAUGCUGUGAGAACACGAUGUGCAAAGAACCAGAUCUGUCUACGUCUCAGACCGUCAACACACACCCAGCGACCACCAACACACACCCACCGAAUGUCAACACACACCCAGCGACCACCAACACACACCCACCGAAUGUCAACACACACCCAGCGACCACCAACACACACCCACCGAAUGUCAACACACACCCAGCGACCAUCAACUCGACCCGUGCUGACGUUGUGACCUGGGAUCAUCUUUCCGAGGACACAGAGACCGGGCUCGCUCCAAACCAGGCGGCGAGCUUCCCGCUGAGGAACCAGGUGGCGUGGGACAGACCCUCCAACAGCUCGUCCUGAUGUCUGCUAAAGAACCCGCCUACUGUUUAUGAGUCAUCAUUAAGAGCCAAUCAGCAGCCUGUAGCAUGAGGCCUGUGCAGCUAGCUUCAGGUGUCGUUUAGAAACUGAACAACAGGACUUCUUCAUGUAGUUACACUUUUCUGCAGCCAUAGCUCUUUUUUUUUUUUAACGGUCAGUUUGUUGCGCCUGCGUACGUCAUCAGUGUGCGACGAGCUCUAAUGUUAGUUUUUAUAACUUCACUAACUGCUGCGUGUCGGAGCCGGUAAACAAAGGGUUAACUUUGUAGACGUUUUGCAUUUCAUGACGGAACAGGAUCAGUAUUUAUGAUCCUGCUGACUCCAGGUGGCCAGCCUCAUGAAACCAGAGUUUAAACUAAAAAAUCAAACGAUUUCACAGCAACAAAUAUAAAAGUCCACGACACGAUAUCGGGGGAUUUAUUGUUUUUGUUACCAAAAGUUGCAGGAAAACUCUGCCAUGCUGUCCAACCUGCACAUAUACAUUUGGUUACAUUCACAUUUAUGAGUUGGACUCCUGUUAUCCAACGUAAAAAUCCCAGUUUUUGCCAAAUUCUAUCCCGUAAAUCCCAAUGUUACCACGGUCAGUGCAAUAACCCGAACAUAGCCACUUUCCAUAGAAAAAUCCCAGAGUGGACAUUAGUGCAACCAAAUCCAAAAUAAAAGCAGACAGGAAGUACUCUCAGCUUAAGACAGUACAAACAGUCAAAAUAAAAUCCAACAGUUUAUAUUUUAAAAGUGAAAUAAUAGAAUUACAAACAUAUUUUAAAGCAUGUGUCAGAGAAUAAUUUAAGUAUUUAUAAACAUGUGGAUAAACCAUAUUAAAUCAUAUAUUUAAUAUCACAUAUUAUUAUUAUUAUUAUUAUUAUUAUUAUUAUUAUUAUUAUUACAAGUCAUUAUGAAAGAAAGUGUUUAUGUGUCAUAACUGCCAAGAUUUGUGUUGUUGGAAAUCUCAUUAAAAAGAACCUGUGAGUCCUUCAUCGUUCCUUACUUUA